GUCGAACGAACUAGCACAGAACAGCUAGGAUGGUGGUCCUAAAAUUCCUUCUGUGUACUGUAGUUGUUUUAGGUUUGUCGGAAUUGGCAUUUGGAUUCCGUCGUGUUUGUUACUACGAUGGCAUGGCGGCAGAACGAAGUGGUUUAAACGCAUAUACACCAGAUAUGACUGAUCCUUUCCUCUGCACUCACAUCGUCUUUGCAUAUGUCGUGGUGAGAAACAACAAUAGUACCUAUGAGCUGUACAGUCCUGGCUCUUCUGACUUACAAAAUUAUGGUUUAUUAACCAAUCUCACAAUGGCCAACCCUGAGCUGAAAACACUGAUCAUGUUAAAAGAAGAAAAUGUGGGAGAUUUAAAAGCGAUGACAUCAAACUCGACAAAUCAAGAAGCGUUCAUCAAUACCAUUAUUUCCUUCCUGAAAACAUACAAUUUUGAUGGCUUUGUUCUUGAAUGGGAAGGCAGUUCUUCUGGAUUCAAAGCAAUGAGCACGGAACUUCGCGAAGCGUUUGACCUAGAUGGUACUGGCUUGAUGCUCGUGUGUAAUCUCUUCGGCCCUACCAUUGACGAUUUCAACACAAAGUAUGAUCUAAACACUGUCAAGGAAACAGUAAUGAACUACGACUUUAUCACGCUGCAGACCUACGGUUUGAUUGAGGACUAUUCGUCUGUCGCUCAUCACAGUCGCAGAGUAGCGAGAAGCGAUGCCACUGGAGCGUCCUUUUUCCUCAACCUUAAAGCCACAGCUGACUAUUUCAGUUUUCUUGGAAUUCCCAAAUCAAACAUGGAUAUUGGCAUUGCCACCUCUGGAUAUGGAUUUACAUUAGCGAAUAUUUCCAGUUCUGGUAUAGGAUCACCAACCACUGGACCUGCGAAUGCGACGAAUGCUACUCAGUUGUCUGGUAUCAGGGGAUACUUUGAGGUCUGUAAAUCCAUCGAGGAUGGUAGUGGUACAAGUUCACGGGAUGAAGAUGCACCAUACUUACUCAAAGGCAGCACGUGGAUUGGCUACGACGACGUCGAAAGUAUCGAAGAAAAGGCAAAAUGGAUAGUUGAGGAGGGCUAUGGUGGCGCGGCGAUAUAUACAUUAGGUGACGACGAUUUUAAUCAAGAUUGCACCUCUUCUGAGGUACCCUUUCCACUCAUCAGCACUGUCAAGGAUGUAUUUGAGGAGGCUACCGCUCCAAAAGAGUACAGGCGUGUGUGUUACUUCACCACCUGGGCGGAGCUUCGUACGGGGGCUGGUAAAUUUACAGCCGAUGAUAUAGACCCCUCUCUGUGUACCCACAUUGUUGUCGCAUUCGCUGAGAUUUCAGAUGAGUGCGAACUUGAAGUUUCCGACGUAAACGACACACUGAUAUACGAACGUGUCAUCGCCUUGAAGACAAAUAACACAGACCUUAAGGUGUUGCUGUCUGUUGGUGGUUGGGCGCAGGCCAGUGAAAGCUUUUCCUACAUGGUGUCAAGACCCAAACGUAGGAGGGCUUUCGUCAACUCUAGUAUCGAAUUUUUGCGUUCUUAUGGCUUUGACGGACUUGAUAUAGCUUGGUUGUACCCAACACAAAGACAAGGGGCUGCCGAAACAGACAAAAGGAAUUUUGGAAUUCUUGUCGACUUACUCAGACGGACAUAUGAAGAAGAGGCGCGAAAUAACAGCAUACCUUGCCUGUUGUUGACAGCUGCAGUGGCUGCGGAACAGGAAUAUAUUGACUACGCAUACGACGUUAAGGCCCUGGCAAAAAACUUGGAUUUCCUCAGUAUCCAGACGUUUGACAUGCGUGGCUACUGGGACAUGACGACCUGUCAUCACAGUCAAUUAAAGGCGUUCCCUUGGGAAACCGGAACUGAGGGUAACCUAAAUAUGAUUUGGUCAGGCAAAUAUUGGCAGAUGCUUGGAGUCGACAAAGACAAGAUAAAUAUCGGUAUUGCUACGUACGGGCGUGGUUUUGAACUGUCAUGGUCUGGUGAAAAUGGUUUCGGAGCUUGGGCUGAUGGACCAAACCAAUCAGGGCCCUUCACUGAUGAGGAAGGUUUUCUAGCUUAUUACGAGAUAUGUCCACUGGUUGAAUCUGGAGAUGGCAAGGUGGUGAGACAGUCUGGGGUUCCCUAUUAUACCAACGACACCCUGUGGAUUGGGUACGAUGACGAAAUGAGCGUUGCAAACAAGAUGCAGUGGCUGGUAAAGGAAGGAUAUGGUGGCGCGAUGGUCUGGUCUCUUGACUUGGACGACUUUCAACAGACGUGCGGAUCUGCAACCAAAUCUCCUCUACUUACUGCAAUAAAGGACACACUGACCGGUUUCACAAAUGGCUCACUCACAACACGAGUUACAGAAGAAACAACAUUCGAAUCAACGACAAUGUCUUCCACAACAACGCCAGGACCACACAUUGACUGCAGCAUGAAACAAAUGGACGAACCAUACGAAAACCCCAGAAACCCCAGAACCUUCUACAAGUGUUCACAUGGCACAGCUUUCUUGUACUGGUGUCCAGCAGAUUUGGUGUUUAAUUCGACAUUGAUGGCGUGCGACUACAAUACAAGCUAAUCAGCAAUGUCACGAUAUCCUAGCUUAUCCGUUAUACAUUUUACAAUUGUUAUAUGAUGCUACGUGUGAUUUAUUUUAAAUGGUGUGAUGACCACGAUAUAUAAAUAUAAAGUGUGAACAAAUCAUUAAAAGGCAUUUCACAUUU